UGAGGCAUCAAUAGAGGUCGUUGGGCCCCGGCGCGGGGCGUGCGGAGAGGCUGAGGCUUCGUGCCGGGAGUUGGGGCGGAGGUGCUUGGCGGGUCAUCUGGAGUUGGCUGAAACUCAAGGCCUUGAUCAUAUUAGGCAAACGUUAAACCUGAAAUAUACCCUUAUCUGUUAUCCAUCUUUUAAAAACAGCAAUUUGGUACUUUCAUGGGUAUGUUUUAUUAGAGCUCUUAAGUGUAGAUACUCAGAAACAAACAAAAACCAACCCAGAAAUGUUGCUACCUGAGUGUGAAACAUGUCGUGAUUUUAAGACUUGCCAUUGUCACUAGCCUUCGUUUGGCUCAAAUCGUGGUUCAUUGUGCUCUGGUCAAAAUAAAACUUUUUACUUGAUGACUGAUGGGUACUGAAACUUGUCAACUUGUCCUGGUUUUCUCUGCAUUAGGCUGGUUAUAUCUAUAGAUCGAGUCCUUUGAACCUAAUGGACGCUGAUUGAGGAAAACACAUUAUAGAUUGUAUUUUUUUCUUUCUUUUAUGGACUUAAACAUGUUUUUUUCUGUUUGAACUUAGUUUUAAGAAACCAUAGAUUCACAUCAAAUAUAAAAAACAGGAAUAGUUAAACCAUGAGUUGUGGAAAUGAGUUUGUGGAAACACUGAAAAAGAUUGGUUAUCCCAAAGCUGAUAUUCUUAAUGGAGAUGAUUUUGACUGUUUGUUUGACGCUGUUGAAGAUGAGUCAUUUUUGAAAUGGUUUUGUGGGAACGUGAAUGAACAGAAUGUAUUGUCUGAAAAAGAAUUGGAAGCUUUCAGCGAUCUUCAGCGAUCAGGCAAGCCCAUCCUAGAAGGAGCAGCAUUGGAUGAAGUUCUUAGAACCUGUAAAACUUUUGAUUUGAAAACAUGUGAAGUGGAUGACAAAGAAAUACAGAAAUUAGAGGAUGAGGUUCACAUGCUGCAGAAAUUAAAUAACUCAAAAAUUCAGCGAGUGCAUAAAUACCAGGUAAUGGCUGUUGAAACUAAAUGCAAGUCUCUGGCAUUAAAGGCUAAACAAGAGGAAGCCACCGAGAAGCUGAAACAAAAACAACUGUUCCUAAAUACUGUGAAUACUAAACUCAGUAAUGAACUUGAGGUUCUUACUGAUACAAUUAAUAAUUUGAUGGUAUUCUUUAGAAAUUCUAAUUUAAGUGAAAGGACAAAUCCAAAGGUGUUUUUAUCUCAGUUUUCCUUGGGAAAAUAUGUAAGCCAAGAAGAGCAGAGCACAGCAGCCUUAACCUUAUAUAUAAAAAAGCAAUUCUUUCAGGGUACACAUGAAGUAGUUCAAAGUUCAAAUGAAGAGGAUUUUCAACUUUUAGAUAUACAGACACCAUCUAUUUGUGAAAAUGAAAAAAUCCUUGAGGAGCGACGUCUGGAGAUGGUUAGACUGCAGAUGGCAUACAUCUGUUCUCAACGACAGAUCAUAUACUUGAAAACAAGUAAUUUGAGCAUGAAGUCAAGUAUAAAAUGGGCAGAAGAGACUCUUCAUAGACUAACCAAUGAGGUUAUUGGUAAAGAAAAUUUGGAUGCAAAAAUUUCUAGCUUGAAUAGUGAGAUUCUAAAACUUGAAGAACAAAUCACUCAUAUAAAAGACAAAAGUUUGCCUGCUGUGGUAAAAGAGAAUGCCGAGCUAUUGAACAUGCGAGUGGUAAAGGGCGAUUUUGAUCUGCAGAUUGCUCAACAAGAUUAUUAUACAGCAAGGCAAGAGCUAGUGUUAAAUGAGUUGAUGAGGCAGAAGGCAUCGUUUGACCUUGUCCAGUUAUCGUAUGAGAUUGAGUUGAGAGAACACUGGGAUAUAUAUCGGCAAUUGGAGAGUUUGGUUCAGCAACUCAGUCAAAGAAACACGGUGCCCUGCCAGCACUUGGCAAUGUUAUCAGGCCUACCAGCAUCUGAGCAGUUAACCUCAAGGACUCCCAUCGACCCCAAAGAUCAUUCUACUCAUAG